GAGGCGGUGUGGCACGUACCGCGGCUUGUGCGCCGGACUCCAGCAGAAUGCGGGGCGGGGACCUGGAAGGUGGCUGGCGGUGAAGGAGGGGCCGUUCUGGGGACCCCCACCGUUACUGAUCUCAUCUAGGGAAUGUGGGGCGGUGCCUUGCCCCGAGUCCCUAUGGAUAGUUGGAGGCAGCCCCUCUCUUGGACUUCGGAAAUUAGACGCUCCUGAUUUCCUCUUCUCUGGAAUGAAGACGAGCCUUGCUGGAGAUGGACAGCCGGAUUCCUUAUGAUGACUACCCCGUGGUCUUCCUGCCUGCCUAUGAGAAUCCCCCGGCAUGGAUCCCACCUCAUGAGAGAGUAUAUCACCCAGACUACAACAAUGAGUUGACCCAGUUUCUGCCCCGAAUUGUCACACUGAAGAAACCCCCUGGAGCUCAGUUGGGAUUUAAUAUCCGAGGAGGAAAGGCCUCCCAGCUAGGCAUCUUUAUCUCCAAGGUGAUUCCCGACUCGGAUGCACAUCGGGCAGGACUUCAGGAAGGGGACCAAGUCCUAGCUGUGAAUGAUGUGGAUUUCCAAGACAUUGAGCACAGCAAGGCUGUUGAGAUCCUGAAGACAGCCCGCGAAAUCAGCAUGCGUGUCCGCUUCUUUCCCUACAAUUAUCAUCGUCAAAAAGAGAGGACUGUACACUAGAGAGUUGCAGCCCAUAGCCCUCCACAGGGAAUCUUCUAGGACAAGCUGGUUAGGCCUCAGGGCAGCCUCUUGGGAACCUCAACUCUCGGCCCCACCCUGGCAGAGUGGCGCGGGGAGGAUGGGGAUACAGUGAGGCCCUGCCACCGAGCCAGCUAGCCAGCUGCAUUACCCAAACUGUACUGUACUCCUUGUUCCCUCGUUCUGUAGGUGAGCUUCAUUCAUUCCCUCAAACGGGAAGGAUGGAGAUACCUAGGUAUAGCCUGUGGAGAGCGCAGCUAGAAAACGCAACUGACAUUUAUUGAAUAUCACGUGCUAGACAACUACACACGUGUCAUAUCAUGUUCAUCAGAGUCUAGAAAUCAAUAGAAAAAAGAAUCUUGAGGCAACUGACGUUUAUUGAAUACCAUGUGCUAGCCAAUUA